AUGCAAGAGAACUACAACUUCGCUAAAGAUGUAUUUCCCGCUGAGAAAGAAAAGAUAGUAAAUGCCAUGCUGGAAUCAAAAGAAAAAGUCCUUGCUUUACAAGGAUCUAUGGGUGCUUUUGAGGAGCAGAAAAAGAGUCUGGAUCAAAACGCACGAGAGGUCGACCAGAAAAUUGACGACUUCUUUAAUGAAGUAAUUCAGUUCCUAAAAGGAGAAAAGCAACGCAUGAAGGAUGAACUUAAAGGAGCAGUAAAGACCCAGAAGGAAAAAAUUCAUGCAGAGUUGAGUUAUUUCGAAGCUUCACUCGAGUAUGCAAGCAGUAGACUUGAGGUUAUAGAACACCUCCUGGCUAAAGUAAGCGACGAAGACGCCCUAUUGGCAAAGAACGAUAUGCUACAACAACUCUGUGAUAUUAACUGUGUUUUGCCCCAUUUACAGCCAACCCCUCAGACGAUGUAUGACUUUGGGGCCGAUGACAUGUUGGAUGUGAUUAAUAAAAUGGAAGCUAUUUCUUUGCAUUAAACAGUGGUACACAUUUACGAGGGUGGUAAAUGGUUUACACGUGUCGCGUGAUUAAGGCCAAAGUCAAUAUGUAACCAUUUUAAAGAAAGGCGAGCGUGAUUCGUGAAUUUAUUAACCAGCGUGAGACGUGAUAAUUGCCUCCUUAAAUAUAUGCCACCCGUGAAAUCCUCAAGAGGAAGACAGAUUUUAGGUUUUCCUUUUUUAUUCAUGUGCGUGAUGCGUGAAUUUUUCUGAAAAUCCGUGCAUGAAAUGGGAUCAGCACAACCUUUUUGCCACCCUCAUUUAAAGUAUUUUACCUGUCAAUUAACAUAGUGUUUCAUUUUCAACUAUAAGGAUCCAAACAUCAUCAUGUUUUCCGUUGCCGCUCGCAUUAAUUUUUUUAUAAAAGCAAUAUUUCGCUGCCUAAAACAGCGGUGCACAUAGUUGCCACAUUCAAUGUUAUUUCAUGUGAAACUAUAAGAAUCGAAAUACCAUUUAUAUGUACUUACUGUCUGCCAAAUUAAAUGUUUAUCAAAGUAGUAUUUACAGGCAGCUAUUCCGUUGCUUUAAAAAGCGGUACCUGUAGUUUAUCACAUUAUAGACUGUCUCAUUUCUAACUUUAAGGCUUAAAUUCCCUUUUAUAUAUUUCCUAUUAUCAAUCACAUGUUAUGCAAGCAAUAUUUAAUGAUAUUUCUCGUGUGUGUUUAAAUAUGUUGUAUCGCUGAAUAUGAAGAGUGUGCAUCUGCGCGCUUCUAAGCAAACAAAGUUGGGUUUCAAGUUCUCGUAAAUUGUGUGGUAUUAAACACGUUAAAAAUAAUCAUAAGUAGACUACGAUAAAAAAAGGAGGUGUUUUUUUUUUUAAUGAGUUGCAUUAAUUAUAGUUUUGAGCUCAGCCCUACAUAGCACAGAUAUGCUUAGGACAAAGACGGAGUGUUUUCACCUAAUCCCGUCAAGGGCGUAGCUAGAGGUGGGGGUCCAAGGGUGCCCAUGACCCCCUUUCUGUAAGUUUUUUUUGUCACACCAAGUAAAACAUGGCGUAGAGGUCGACAUGACAGUUUGGUGAUUACUCGCUGAUUGACGAGGUGUAACCCACUUUUCAAAAAAUGCUGCCUCUCGAAUACAGUUUAGGCACUACUUUCUUAAAAUAACAAUACACUUCACUGUUUAAUAUGGAGUUAUAUAUAUCAGCAUGAAUCGUAUAUAUUUCCAUUUUUAUCGCUGUCUUCGUUAUUUUAAGGUAUGACUAUUUGUAAAUAUGAAUACUAAAUUGAAUAUACAUUUUGUUUCAGAGGA